UUGAGCUGGGAUAAAGAAAUGCUGCUGCUGGUGAGGAUUUUCUACACCGUUAAACGGGAACAGCACAUUUGCUCGACUAAUGCCUGGAUAUUUUAAAUCCGGGCUUUUUUUCUGAUCUCAGAAAUCGCUUUUGUACUUCGUAUUGUAGCUCAGAUUCGUGGAUAAUCAGAGGAGCCCUCUGUGGGAGCUGCUGUGCUGUUUAUUCACUCCGUUAGCUGUGAGUGGCUAAAGCAGAGUGGAGGAGUCACCACACCCAGACAGACCCGCAGGAUGCACCGCCGCUAAUCACCGGAGCCAGAGCUUAUUCAGAAUAAAACCGGAAUACUCCAGAGAGACGGGCAGUUAGUUUGCUACGAGUGCAAAAAAAGGGAGAAAGUUUCUUGUUUCUCCAAAGAAGCCAUGAAACACCAGGGUCAGGAUAGUUUGCGAGGAGACAGAUAACAGUAGCUAGUGUUUUAGCUAGCGUGCUAAGUGUCCGGUGUGUGUAAGAGUGUAAAGGCCGGACAGGACGCCGGUACUCUUAGUCGUGUGUGUGUUUUAGUGAUAGCAGGCUGUUAUGAGUAACCCUACACUCAUGUACACGUUUGUAUUAAGAGAUGACAACAGCAGCGUGUAUGCUGAAGUCUCCAAGAUCCUCAUCUCUACUGGAAAAUGGAAACGACUGAAAAAGGACAAUCCGAGAUUUAACUUGAUGCUUGGAGAGAGGAACCGCCUUCCGUUUGGACGCCUAGGCCAUGAACCAGGACUAAUGCAGUUGGUCAACUAUUAUCGAGGAGCAGACAAGCUGUGUCGUAAAGCAUCUCUGGUCAAGUUAAUAAAGACUUGUCCAGAGCUGAAAGACUCCUGUAACUGGUUCCCUGAGUCAUACAUUAUUUAUCCAACCAACCUCAACACCCCUGUUGCUCCUGCAACCAAUGGCAUCAGCCAUUUGAAGAACAACCCAAAGACAGAUGAGCGUGAGGUCUUUCUGGCCUCCUAUAAUGCCAAAAAGGAAAACGGGGAGGGAACAGUGUGGAUUGCUAAAUCAUCUGCUGGAGCAAAAGGUGCUGGAAUCUUGAUCUCUCAGGAUGCAAACCAGUUGCUUGAGUUCAUUGAUAAUCAGGGACAAGUUCAUGUCAUUCAGAAGUAUCUGGAGCAGCCACUGCUGUUGGAACCUGGUCAUCGCAAAUUUGAUAUAAGGAGUUGGGUGCUUGUGGACCAUCAGUACAACAUUUACCUGUACCGUGAGGGAGUGCUGAGGACGUCCUCCGAGCCGUACAACAGCUCAGACCUGCAGGACAUGACCAGCCACCUGACCAAUCACUGCAUCCAGAAGGAGCACUCGCAGAACUACGGCCGCUACGAGGAGGGCAAUGAGAUGUUCUUCGACGAGUUCAGACACUACCUGCUGAACGUUCACAACGUUUCCAUGGAGACCUCCAUCUUACCUCAGAUCAAACAGAUAAUAAGGGGCUGCCUUAUGUGCAUUGAACCAGCAAUCAGCACGAAGCACCUAUCCUACCAGAGCUUCCAGCUUUUCGGUUUUGACUUUAUGCUGGACGAGAGCUUUAAAGUGUGGCUGAUUGAGAUCAACGGAGCUCCUGCAUGUGCACAGAAACUCUACCCGGAGCUGUGCCAAGGCAUCGUGGACGUAGCCAUUUCCACCGUCUUCUCACUAAAUGCAGAUGCGCUGUCAUCCUCCCCUCCAUUCUCCACCUCUCCUUCUCUCUCCUCCAGCUCCUGCUCUUCACCCAAACUCAGAGCGCCACAACACUUUGGUCCUUUCAUGAAACUUAAUGAAGAGGUUGUGUUCUGACCUCGUGUCUCUGAGAUCCACAUUAAAGCUGUAAAACCCUGAUUUGUGCUCAGCAUGUAAACCCACCUGUCACCUGAAAAGGUCAUCUGGUCUUCUCCUUUCACUCCUGAAUGUUUCCUACAGUUAGUAUUAAAGGAAACCUAUUAUUUAUCUGAGUAAAUAGAAGCACUGUACUGUUUUAGGACGUGUCAGUUUUCUAUUUUUGUAAUGUUUUGUGCAUGGUACAUGUGAUUUGUAUGUUGGUCGUGUCAAUUUUUUUUCUUUCAAUUUUUUUAAUUUGUUACAGCUAAAAAAUAAACAAUGUAAAUUUUAAACAUGCAAGAGAGCAGAUAAAUAUUUAACCAAGUCCACUUUCACAAAUCUUUUCCUUGGAAACCUAAAGAAAAAAAGGGGUUAUGUAGAAAUGGACCCGAGCUGGCUGCUGAUAUUAAAAAUGCAGGCAGUUGGUCUGUGGUUUAGCUGCAUAAUCGUUUAUCACAAGUGUUAUAUAAAUAAUUUUUUUAAUAAUCACACAUUAAACAAAGCAAUGAAGUUGACUUUAAAAGAUAUAAUAAAAUAUAAUUUUUAUUAUUAAAGUAAUAAAAUAAUUCAGCUUUGAAGUAUGGCUGAUUUGACCUGAAGGCCAACUGAAUUCUGUUCAUCUCCAAAGUGAUUUGGGAGAGGUUUUAUGUUUAUUUAGGUAUGUGCAGUUUUACAAGUACAGAGCAGUCACGCAACCAAACUUCAAUCCAUUGUGACAGAUGAGGCAGUGGGAGAUGUUUAGCCCACACAGCAGACAAAAUAAGGAGGCGGAAAAGUAAACAAGGAAAGUGAAGAAAUUUGAUUUCAUUCAAAGGUUUUUAUUGCUAAACAUUUUUGCAAGUCAUGCUGAAAGUUUGGAACUAGUGGUGGAAACUAAGUUUAACAAAGUAUGAAAUACAUUUCCCAGUGGAAAAAUAUUGAUGGAAAACUGGUAAGAAAUACCAGCCAAUAAGAAAACUAGCAUUGCAUAAAAGGUGUAACUGUGAUGUUAGAACUGUGUAAAAAGGGAAAACUCCAUGAGCAGUGGUUUGGUUCACACUGCAGAUUGAUUCGACUUUUAUUUGAUUUAAUAAAAUGCUACUUUUCUGCAA